AUGGGACUGCAGACAGUGCAGCAGGCGAGGUCAGCCAAGCAUGACGAAGUGCCAGACAGGCAACUCAGGCAGGACAUCGGCCAGACCAGAGACCUGAUCAGAAGGCGAGCCUAUGAGCCUUUCUCUGGAUGGAGUCCUGUGGAUGGCCUGGUCAGCGUGAGCCAAGAGAUCCUGGAGAGAUCAGCCCAGGACUACAUGAACAGCCUCCUCCACAGCCCCCUUGUCACCACAAACCUCACCCUCGCAAACAACACACAGGUGCCCAUUGGUCUUUCCAAUGUGGGUUUCGUUCCUCUAUAUGGAGACAACAUGAGACAGAAAGUCCUCGCCCUGUUCUCCCAACAGGACCAGUUUACAGCGGUGGGGCUGUACCUGUUGGAUCAAUGGUGGUCAUUGGAGAAUAUCUUAAAAACAGCAGACUCUGCCAAAGAUGGAGCUGUGGAGGUGGAGACCAUAGGGGAGCGGAUAGUUCUGUACGUUUUGAACCGUGUGGUGUACAGAGCCAAGGAGAUUAGUUCAGGCGAACUACCUUUCCUCUGCCACGGAGAGAACGACUACGCCAAGAUCCUUUGGAAAGACGGACAGGCUGUCGGCUUCUACUCAGUCAAACCUUCAGGCAGCUUGUGCAGUUCCUUCUUAACCCAAUGCUAUCACAUUCCUGUCAUGGAUUCCAUAUUCGUCAGGAAGUGUCACCGUGGMAACGGUCUGGGUCUUCAGAUGCUGGAGAACUUUGUUGACAGUUUCAAAGAGGAAUACCUUGGGUUGAGAUACCCCCUUUCAAAAGCUAUGUACAAAGUGUGUGGGAAGUAUCUGAGCCUGUACCCAGCCCACAGAGACCUACUGUGGGAAGUGGAGAGUGUUGGAGGACCCAGCCAGAGGACCAACAUAGCCAACAAGAUCCAGGCCAUGGCCAUGAGCACCUCAUCCAAGAACCUGUCUUUUACGGAGCACUCUGUAGUGAACCGUGACGUGGUUGAAAACGAGGUGGUUAUGGAGGAAGUGACUUCACACUUACAGGAACAGGAAGCCAUGGAGUACACCGUUGAAAUUGUGGAGGAAGUUACACUGGUCAGGGUGACAAAAGGCAAGUAUSGGUUGAUUCAUUUACUGGAUCUUCGCGAUAACAUACAAAAUCUAACAAUUAGACUUUUCUCUUCCUAACGCCAAUUGUGGUGAAUGUUUUCAGAGAAUGAAGAAAUGCCGGUUACAACCAGAGGAAGGAGCAGCGGCYUCAAACGCAAGAAGAUGUUAGAGGAAAGCAAAUCAGAGAAAGUCCUCAGGAUUGAGGAUAUUGAAGCAGAGGUGGAGACUCCCAAAGAGAAGCCAGUGGCAGAGCAUCAGCAAGAGAAUAAAGACGAAGUUGCUGCUGUUGCUGAAUCCGACAAAGAGGAGUURGCUGAGGAUGUCAUUGACACAGCCACGGAGGACACAGCAGUAGAGCCUGAGCUUGGAGAGGAGAUUGGAGAGACUGUUACAACACGGACACUUCAG